AUGUUCUCCACAGCAAAUCCAAAUGCUCUCCUUGCCCUUGUCGUUGUGGAAAUGGUAUCGCUUAUGGGGACAGUAUUCACAGGUGUUUUUGGAAUGAUUGCUUGUUGCCGUGGGCUCGGAAAAAUGCUUCAUCAUAUGGAGCAAUUGAUUAUGGCCAGUCGAUACGCGACUCCAGCACCUCACAUCACUGUGCGCUCGCUAUGA